UUCAUGGGAGGGCAGUAUGUUCCAAGUUGGCACUUUUCGAGUAGUUUUCUUGUUUUAGAAGAGAAAUGACCACCAUGAGCAUUCUGCGGGCAGCGCUAACCAAAAGUUAAAAGGUGUUAUUAAUUGCACGGAAUCCAAGUGUACCUUGCUGCUCAGGGAGUGGAGGACCUUUUUGACCAGGCCCAGUUGAGCUGGAUAGUCAUCUCCAGUGAAACAUCACUUGAGUAUCUUCUAAUUCUCAUAUUAAAGACAUAGUUGGCUUCUGUAUGUGAUAAAGGUGGCUAGCCAUCAACAGCAGAAAAGCAACCCAAAAAAUAGAAAGGUGAAUACCAAUGAUUUGGGGCUGGCAAAUUCAAACAUUGCUGUUGUUAGCAUGUGUUUUUAUCAUUCAUGUGGCUAGCAGUUGUGGGAAUAAGGAAGAUGACUCAGAUAUAUCUCUGGAACAUGAGAAGGCAAAGUAUUCAAAAGAAGUUAAUGAAAAGUGGAAACCAGAGCUCCGACUUGUGGAGCAAAGCAUCAGCAGCUAUGUUGAGUGUAACAGAGAAAACUGUGGCUGCCACAAAGCUCUCAUCAAGUCUGAUCUUGCAACUUUCAAGGAAUCAAAAAUCACGAAGUCUAUGGUGGAGGAUGCCAUGGACCUUGGAGUGAUAUACCAGAUCAUUGACCACAAGUUGUACCGCCAGACAGACUGCAUGUUUGAGUUCCGUUGCCGAGGUGUCGAGCACUUCAUUCUUCAGCUGGUGGACACGCUGCCCGAUAUGGAGUUUGUCCUCAACACCCGCGACUGGCCGAUGGUGAACCUCCACCAUGGGCGCCGCUUGCCGGUGUUCUCCUUCAGCAAGACGCCUGACUACUGGGACAUCACGUACCCGGCGUGGACCUUCUGGACGGGUGGGCCGGCCAUCUCGCUGUACCCCACCGGGCUGGGCCGCUGGGACCAGCACAUCGUGUCCAUCUCGCGGGCGGCGCGCGCCACGCCUUGGGAGGAGCGUGCCGACCGCGCCUUCUUCCGCGGCUCGCGCACCUCGGCCGAGCGUGACCCGCUGGUGCUGCUAAGCCGGCGCCGGCCGGCGCUCGUCGACGCCCAGUACACCAAGAACCAGGCGUGGCGGUCCGAGAGCGACACGCUCGGCGCCCAGCCGGCCGCCGAGGUGGCACUCGAGGACCACUGCCGCUACAAGUACCUCUUCAACUUCCGCGGCGUGGCCGCCAGCUUCCGCUUCAAGCACCUCUUCCUCUGCGGCAGCCUCGUCUUCCACGUGGGCGACGAGUGGAGCGAGUUCUUUUACCCGCAGCUAAAGCCAUGGGUGCACUACGUGCCGGUGCGUGGGAACCCGACCGAGGCGGAGCUGGAGAGGCUCAUUUUGUUCGCACAGGAGAACGAAGGCGUGGCGCGCGAGAUCGCCAGGCGCGGGCAACAGUUUAUACUGGACAACUUGCGCAUGAAGGACGUGUCGUGUUACUGGAGGAAGCUGCUGGUGAGCUACGCCAAGCUGCUGUCGUACAGGACGGAGAAGAGGCCGGAGCUCAUGGAGGUGCCGUGGAGGGAUUAGGUAGGUGGGGCGUUCCUCCCUUUGAGAUCUGACGUGUUGUGACAUUCCACUGAAGCGUGGACAAGCGAUGUUUGUAGCUGUUACAGGAAUGUUGCGCUUUAGCGUGUCGGCGGCCGCGCAGCGCAACUGUCUCCUGGCAUUAACAUUUGGAAUCGGUGCCUUUUUGCUGUUAUGAUGCACUUAUGAUGGCGUGGGUAUUUCGCAUCAGUGCUUUCUUACUGUUCCGAUAAUCCUUGGCUUGUAACGUAGGCCCGGUAGUUAACCACUUCCCCGAAACCAUGAUCAAAAGUCACGCGUAACGCAUUGUUAAAAACGGGGCUUUUGAAUUCCGCCCUGCUCCAUCUUGCAUUGAAUUCAGAGGUUGCUCCUAAUACCAGCUCGCUAGUGCAGCAGCAUUGCCGCACAAACAAACGCAAAAUCGUCGGCUGUACACAACAAUCACUAAAAACUGCACAGGUGUUCGAUAGCUCGGUUCGCCGCACGAAGCAUAGACCAAACCAGCAUUGACGGCUGGCGUCGUUGGAUUCCCGAUCCCCAGUAUAUCUGCUCCUUAGCUGAACAUGACUAACGCGAUAAUGUGAUGCUGGGCUUAUUCAAUUGGCAUCUUGGAUCGUGCCCGCGCGCCUCCGUAUCAAAUUUGUACGAGUGACGAUGUACACAGCCAAAAAUCUAGGUUCACGCUUAAAAGGAAGUAGACUGGAGAAAUAAGGUGUGAUUGUACGCAAGGCAUCCUGCAUGCACCCAUGACAUGAUGUGUGAAGCGCGGCUAUGGAUUGGAGAAACACUGCCAAUGGCAAUAGCCUCAUUCCUUUAUAUUAACGUGCUCACUCCUUGCGUGCACACAUGUGAAGUGACUAGUUCAUGCCAGUGCUGUAAUUGAGAUAGCUUCGCCAAAAAGUGGGUGGUUCUGUAAAGGGAAAAAUGGCCCAGCAGACCCCAUGACACGCAGAAGGCGGGAUUUCCCUCAGGUUUGAUACACUUUCCUCGCAACUGGGAGAGGCUAUAAUAGCCCUCCUCCAAAGAGAAAAGCGUUACACUGCGACUGGCACCUUGUGCAGCUUGAUCCGCCCUCGCUCGACACUAUUGAAAAGACCGACCUGCGGUACGGUCCGGAUGGGUUGAUUGCCGCUGCUCACCAGCCACGUUUUGGUACGGGAACCGUCCUGCUGUGUGUCUGUUCGCGUUGCGACGGUGAUCUCAGCAUUAAGACGUUGCCUGCGGAGCGGUCCACAAGCCGCCGUCUUCAGCGGGUCUCGCGCGCGUCACGUUUUGCCGCACGGGCUGCAGUACAUAAUUGUAAGUGUUUCGGACAAAGUCUCAGUGACGUAUUUCACCACGAAAGUGCCGCGCGACCGGGGCGUAUGUCAAAUCCGGCGCGUUCCGUUGUAGCGAGAACGGCUCAUCAUUCCGACCCGCUGUGAUGUUCUCGCUGCCGGCGAUGCCGCGUUGCCGGCCGGCAGGCGGGUGUUAUGUGGCGUCCCAGUGGUGGCGUCCUGCGAACCCCACUGGCGGUGUUUUGUGACCGCCUCUGGCGGUGUUUUGUGACCCCAUUGACGGCGUUAUUAGAGCUCCACUGAAGGUGUUCUAUGAACCUCAUUGGCGAUGUUUUGUGACCCCAUUGGCGCCGUUGUUGACCCCAUUAAGGGUGCUGUGCAGUCCACUGUGUCUGGUGAACUCGAUGAGCGGUGGUUUUUUGAGCCCCGUGUGCGGCGCCGCGCGAGCUCCGCUGUCGGCGGGAGAGCGCCAUUGGUGGCAUCGUGUAAGUUGUCUGUAACGUGUGAAGCCUUUGGCAGUGCGGUACGAGCCCCUCCAGCGAAGUAAUAAGUUGCCGUGGACGGUUUUACGUAAGAGCAUGGUUUUGUAUAAGGCUGAUGGUGUAUCGAUGUAGUGAUGGAGCACCGUCAUCAUGUGGCUUCCAAUGCCGAUCUGGUGUUACGGAGGUAGCU